AUGUAUGACUGUGUUACCGGCGCUCGUAUCCCGGAUGCGCAUGGCUGUAUCAUGGCCGAUGAAAUGGGCCUGGGCAAAACGCUGCAAUGCAUCACCCUGAUGUGGACAAUACUUAGACAGGGUCCGGAUGCUCAACCAACAAUCAGCAAAGCGAUCAUCGUCUGCCCGAGCAGUCUUGUCAAGGUUCACCAUUUUUAUUAA